AUGUAUGAUAGUGAGGAUGGUGUUGCCUCUGACAAUGAGGAGUGUGUUGUGCGUGAUGAUGAUAGUGAGGAUGGUGUUUCCUCUGACAUUGAUGGGUGUGUUGUUCUGGAUGACGAUUGUGAGGAUGGUGUUGUCCCUGACAAUGAUGAGGAUGGUGUUGUCCCUGACAAUGAGGAGUGUGUUGUUCUUGAUGAUAAUAGUGAGGAUGGUGUUGUCCCUGACAGUGAGUAUGAGCAUGGUGUUGCCUCUGACAAUGAGGAGUGUGUUGUUCUUGAUGAUCAUAGUUAUGAUGGUGUUGCCCCUGACAAUGAGGAGUGUAUUGUUCUUGAUGAGGAUGGUGUUGCCCCUGACAAUGAGUGUGUUGUUCUUGAUGACGAUAGUGAUGAUGGUGUUGCCCCUGACAAUGAGGAGUGUGUUGUUCUUGAUGAUGAUAGUGAGGAUGGUGUUGCCCCUGACAAUGAGGAGUGUGUUGUUCUUGAUGAUCAUAGUUAUGAUGGUGUUGUCCCUGACAAUGAGGAGUGUGUUGUUCUUGAUGAUGAUAGUGAGGAUGGUGUUGCCCCUGACAAUGAGGAGGGUGUUGUUCUUGAUGAUCAUAGUUAUGAUGGUGUUGUCCCUGACAAUGAGGAGUGUGUUGUUCUUGAUGAUGAUAGUGAGGAUGGUGUUGUCCCUGACAAUGAGGAUGAUGAUGGUGUUGCCCCUGACAAUGAGGAGUGCGUUGUUCUUGGUGACGAUUGUGAGGAUGGUGUUGUCCCUGACAAUGAGGAGUGUGUUGUUCUUGAUGAUGAUAGUGAGGAUGGUGUUGCCCCUGACAAUGAGUGUGUUGUUCUUCGCGUGGCAUUCCUGAAGCAACUCACAGCAUAUUCCUUCUGGGCAGAGAAUCUAUGA